UUUCUUUUCCUUUCUUUGUUUCGUAAUAGUCUUCUUUAUCUGGGAGAUGAGAAGGCAAGGUGCUGUGGAUGGGAGACAUUUUCGUAAACAAACUACUUCUUUCUAAUACGAAAUAAUUGGUUCACAAAACCCUACAAACUCAUUCCAAAUCCAACCGCAAAUCGAUCCCACUUGUCUCCACCUCCAGUACCAUAUCCACCUGCUCUCAAAAUUAUUAACAAACAGAAAACAAAAUUAAGUAAAAAAAAAAAAAAGAUUCCAAAACUGAAACAAAAAGGAGAAAAAAGCAAAGAAUAAAAAAAAAGGUACUAUUAUGGAUGAAACCCAACAAAAAUGUAUGGAAUGAAUUCCAAUCAAAAUCAACUAAAAAAAUAGGUGAAAAAUGUAUUUAUGGGUAGAAAAAUAGAGAGAAAAAAGUUACGAAUAUGGAAGAGAAAAUAAUGGUUCGCCUUAACAGUUACAAUAUAAUCUUUAUGAUUUUUUGAAAGACAUAUUAAAAGAAUGAUGUAAAAUGAACACAAUGAAAAGAGAAUGAAAAAGUCUCUGAUUUUGUUUCUUCACAAGAAAUUCUGCGAUAUUUGGUGCUAUUAACGAAAAAUUUACAUGGACUAACUUUCUAAAAGGAAAUGGAGCAGUGCUGAUGACCUUCACAGGACUUCUGGGACGUGUGGAAGUGAGAGAGGAAGAUACUCACAAACCGGAGUCCGGGACCCAAUGCUUGCAUCAAUAUAAACUCCUCGAAAGGCAACUAAGAUGCCUACGCCAGAACUCUACCUACACCUUCCCAUUGUCAUAAAAAGAGGAUACUUCCGACAAGUUCCUCUGAUAGUUGAUUAUUUAAAAGUUGACGUAAACGAGCGAGAUGAAGAUGGAAAGACUGCGCUGAUACUAUGCUGUUAUAUAAUACCCGAGCAGUAUGGAGUGAGCUUAGCUCAGAUGCUCAUCACAAAAGGCUGUUCCUUGGAACUCUCAGAUAAAUAUGGAAUGAAUGUUCUUCAUCAUGCAUGCAUUUAUGAACGCCUGAAAUUAAUCAAGGUUAUUCUCAGAGCUUUGGCAUUUUCUCCCGAUAAGAAAGAUCAUUUCGGUUGUACGGCAUUACACUACUCAGUGAGGUCAGGAAAUGUUGAGAUCACUCAGUUGUUGAUAGAUUAUUUUGUUCGCUACAGAGUCGCUUUAGAUACUCUAAAUAACGAAGGACACACGGCUCUUGAUGAUGCACACGAACAAGGAUAUGAGGAAUGUGCGGAAAUAUUGAUGAAUGCAGUUAAAACAUGCACUGACGAGCAUCCUCUAUGUAACCAGUUUGAUGAUUUAAAUAUUUCGAAAGAAGAGAGCAACAGAACUCAAGAAAUGAACUCCAGUUUAACAACCUCAACUGACGAACCACCUAUUGCAAUAUUUCAACAGAGUCCUUCAACUUCCUUAAAGCCUAAAUCCAUGACGGAACACAAAAAGAAGACUGAAACAUUCACCGCCCCUGCUGUGACUAUUCGUGUAGGGGAAAACCCUGUAACAGGCACAAAAAGUAAACGAUAUGCAAACAUGAAGUGUAUGAAAUCAUUAUCAGAAAAAAACUCUAAGUAUUCUGGCGGCAUUAGACAACGUGAGUCGGUGUACAAAAUGCUAACGCCAAGAAGUAUUUACGUUCUUAAUCAAAGAAGAAAACCCAAUGAAUGGAAUGUUACCAAGUUGAUAAUGGAAAAACUUAAAGAUUACCGCAAUAAUCCUGCUUAUUUCAUGAUGAAUAUUGAAAACUUGCGACAUUCAACAUCAGACGUGAAUGAAGUUAAAGAAUAUUCAAUAAUAAGAAAAAAACACAACAGUGAAAAGUGUUAUCCGUUAUAUGAAAAUAGCAGCGAUUGGCGAAGAGAUUUGAAGAAAAUAUUUUCGCAUUAUGAAUACCAUUGUUCAUUAUCCUACAGAUCUUCAGCGUGCAAACGGGAAAUACCUUUCAUAGCAAACAUAGAAGAGUUUGUCAAAGACACCGAAACUAACAGCUUAACGGAAAAGGUUUCCCGGCGUCAGCGACGUCCAAGUAAUUUCUCCCGUACUUCUGCAUUUGCAGACGCUACGGCUCACCGCAAAAUGAAAUCCCGUCGAUCUUCUGUCAUGUCUCAGAAUGCUCCGUCUGUGAAUAAUGUAGCACGCACUGGGACUACGCCUAGAGAAUAUUCAAGAACAAUUAGCAGUGAAUCUACCAGAAGUACCUCAUCUUCUCAUAAAGUCUUAUGAAAUAAUAAUAAUAAUGAUGAUGAUAAUAAUAAUAGGGCUUCGUACA